ACGUGAAAACAGAUUUGAAGCGUAAUGACGAAGCGUUUGUAUCGCGAAAAAAUAUCGCGAGCAGGUAUCCCGUUGCUCGUCGUCGGAUGAUCGGAGAGAAAACGAAGAAUUGAGCAAAAGAAAAAAGAAAAAAAAAAAAGGAAACAAUCGCAGAUGAUAUUGGACAGGGUGGGAGGAGUUUACUCUCCACGAGGAAUAUAUAAAUGGGCGGGCAGGGCUGAAAUUUCUAGUUGGUGAAGAUAGUUUGCAAGCCUGUAGCAAAGUUGUGUAUCACACUAUGCAGGUCCACGUGACGUCGUUUGUCUUCGCUGCGUUGCUCGCCGCUUCGAUAGAAUCGAAACCGCUCUGGCCAACCGUGCGUUCGAACAAUCAUCCAUACCUUUUUACAGCCACCGACAGAGGAUUUCUUCAGUACCAUGACUCUCCUUAUUAUGUUUACAACGUACAUUCCGAUGUAAAUGCAGCUCCUAUCAUAGCACAUGGAAAACUGCCUGCUUCUCAUUUACCUGUUUAUAGCUUCUAUUAUGGAACCCCGACUUACGACUUCCGGCUACCAUUGAAUCAGGUGUAUCCGCUAUUACCCGCUGCUCAUCCAGGAGAUCGACCAUCGACCAGCGCAAAACCGAUCGAUGAGGACGGUGAUGGGAUUGAAAAAUUGGAGACGAAGAUCGAAGGGGGAAAAAAGGAAAUGAAAGAGUUGAACGAAAGCAUCGAUGAUAACAUUUAACCGUUUAAUCGAAAUAAUAAUUUUUCUACGGUGGAACGAAAUUUAGCGAGAUUCUUUUUUAUUUUUAUCAAUUCUUAAAAUCUGAAAUCUUGACUAACGAAUCUUUCUUAUACUCGAGCCAUUUGAAAAUAUUAUAUUCGUCGAUUUUUAUAAACUCAACGACUAUAAUUAUCAAGAAAUUUUUUAAGGAAUUUAUUCCUUCCUAUGUAAAAAUUUACUGUGUUAAAUUAAAUAAAACGCUUUUAUAUCAGUUUACAACGCAUAACGUGUUCAUCUUUGCAAUUAUUAAUCUCAGAUUGCCUACUACUUCUCGAACAAAAUAUUAUUUCGUUACAAGCUCUAAUUACGUCAGAAAAUAAGAGCAAUUGCAAUUUUUCUUCCAAAGGCGCUUCGACUAUGAAAUAAUCGAUUCUCGACAGAAGGCAAGCAAUUAGUCUACUUUCAUGAAUAAAUCUUAUUAAAUGAUUUUCUAUAAUUAAGCAUCA